AUGCGGCUCUUCGACGCGGCCCGCAUGGCAGGCGACAGGGAUGGCAUGGCUGCCCAGAUGGACCUCUCCCAGAAGCCUUACGCUGGCAUGCCGUCGCUCAGGCAGCACGCUAUGGAGGCGCAGGAGCUGGUCAGCACGAGCCUCAACAACAUCGAGGCGAGGUAUCGAGACCCUGCGCAGCAGCUGGAGCAGGACAGGAACGCCCCGCCCGACGAAGAGCCGGCGAGGGCGCAGGCGAUCUUCACGGAGCUGCGGACACAGGCGGCCGCUCAUUGCCACCACGGGAGGCUGCUUCAGGCGGUGGUCCUCCCGUCGGGGGCGCGCGAGGACGGCGUCACCGCCCCUGAGCUCUUUUGCAACGUCGCUGGCACAUCCACGGACGUCUCCAGCUCGCAGGAGACGGUCAUUGCCCUCGGCGAUAUCUUCGGCAACCUCGCGAGGGCAGCGCUCGAGGUCAAGGUGGCUACCGUGGCGGCCGGCAGCGACCGCUUGACGGAUGCGCAGUCUCCAGCGACGAUCAAGGAUCAGCAGGCUGUGAAGGCCGAGCAGCAGGCCACCAAGAUGGUGCAGGAGUGUGCCGAGGCUGGACUCGUGACGUGCUGGGUCGACCAGCUCUGGUACACGUGCAAGAAGACGUCCAAUCCGGAGCACGCCAUGGACGGCCACUCGUUCAUCGACCGCGCCGUGUGGACGUCGAUGACGAUGACGAUGACGCCGGGCGAGACCGCCAUCGAUUCGCUGAGGGAGUGCACGGAGGAGGGCGACCAGCGGAACUACAGCCUCGCGGUCACCGGCGACCACUGCAUCUACUUGAUCAAGCCGGACAAGGGCGACAUCGUCAUCCUCGCUGGCUCUCCGUCGGAGUACGGGUACAAGGACGCAGAGAAGGGGGCGGACGCGCGGUUCUCGUCCCUGAAGGGGAUCACCUGCAUCAGAAACUGCCUCUUCGUGGCGGACCACUGGAACAACGCGAUCCGCUGCGUCAACCUGAAGACGCGGCAGGUGGACACCGUCGUCGACUUUCAGCCCUGCGGCCCCCUCGCGCUCACCGUGUCGAGCUCGGGCAGCGUCUACGUUCUCGACAGCGAGUAUAUCAGCACCUGCAACAUCCUGAAGGUCUGCUCCGCCCGGCGGAGCGCGGAGGCCUCCGAGGGUGCGCUGGGCACCGCGAUGUUCCAGAUGCUGCAGGACAACAUCGGCCGCUCGCGCAGCAGCCAGGCCUCCUCCGCCCGCAGCUCGCUGGCGGAGGACCUCUCGCCGCGCGCGGGCGGCGCGCGUGGCGGCUCGCGGCGGGGCUCCGAGGCGCACUCGCAGGGCUCGGGCCGCGCCGCCUCCGUGGACCUGGACUUCCCGGUGCGGGACGGCGACAGGAAGGGGGAGAGGACGUGGAACGUGGGGCUCAGGGUCUGCAUGCCGCACAUUACGCAGGACUGCCUCCGCGCCGUAGAGACAUUGCCAGAACAGUGGCUGAAGGCCGCGGGCUGCAUCGCGAGCCUGCGCCCUGCGCCCGCGGCAGACCCGCGGCCGGCGCCCGCGGGCGCCUACGCGGGCGGCGAGCGCGCGCCGUCGGCCGCGCUGGCCUUCUCCAUGCACAUCCCUGGCACGGACGAGGCUCCGGCGGCCUCGGCCCGCCAGCCCUGCGGCGGGGGCAGCGCCUCCUGGGCGCACAGCGCACAGCUGCCGGUCGUGCCCAGCGCGCUGCGGUCCCUGGUGCCCGGCGCGUCGCUGCACCCCGCGCUCGUGCAGAUGACCAUGCGCUCUUCAGACAAGGACUGCCGGCACUCGAUGCACACCGCCCUCACGGGCUCCCAGUUCCACGUGUCGGUGGUCUCUACUGAGCACCAGCACGACACCGAGGAGGGCCCCGAGUUCUUCUCGUUCCUGAACCCGAAGCACGAGUCUCCGUGGAAGCGCAUCCCCAUCCCGAAGAAGUUGAAACUGAGGCCACUGGGCAGUGCGGCGCCAACACCCCACUGUGCCUCGGCUUCUGGGACGCGGCGGACAGCAGCAAGACGGUACAGCUGGGUCCGCGCGACGGCCAGCAGCUGCUGGUGGGUGGCGCGGAGUGGCCGUCGCUGGUGA